CGCGCCUUUUUUGUUUAAGGGUACGCACUAACUGUAAAAGGAGGCAUCGGAAUGGACAAAAGCAAUGGAAGCCAGGGAAAUGGAAGCUACUUAGACCAAAACUCUCUGGGAAUUCUUAACAUGGACAAUCUAAAGGUCUUUGGUGAUUUGUCAAGCUUUAGCAAGAGCGGUAGGAGGAGUGGCUCAGUUCGGGACUCCACCGGCGUCCAUGAGCGUCUUCGGGAGGAACGACUACGUGCGUUGGAGACACUGGAGAAGCCCCGGCCCUCUCGCUCUAGUCAAGCAAAGAAUGUUGCUAUCCAAAGGCGCUCUUCAACAAAUAUCUCUGAGUUGGUAACAGAUGAGACCAUCGACUUGAACAGCAGUGGUUCCUUUGCCCUGGUCACGCCCGCUCCCAAGGGCACUAACAUUUCGUUUGAACCCGCCGAAAUCACGGGGAGAUCUACGCUUUGUCAGGCGGGAAAACAGCGCCGCCGAGAAAAACCCUCUCUUUCCGUGGCCGAAAUUCUCAAGACCUCUUUCGUGGAGAAGGCCCGCCUGCUGGAGAAAAAGCUGCAAGAUGUCAGCCAGUUGGAGGCCAGCUACCAUUUGUCACGGGCCAAUUCCAGCAGCCUCACAGACUCAUUCAGUUGCUCCCGCAGUUUGCCGCGCACAGCGGAUAUGAGUGACCUUAGUCUCAAUGGCGGCGGUGGAUUCUCUUUUGGUUCCGCCUCAGUUGCGGCUGAAGGCCAAGACGAGAGUUUCGCUCCUGCCGAACUGAUGCAAUCCAAAUUGGUGCUGGGCGAGAUCUCUUGGGCGCAAGAGUUUACCGCCAUGCCAACGGCAACUUUGAGCACCCAGGCAAUGCAAAAAAUAGCCGCACCUCCGCCGACAUCCGAAAUAGAAACCUCUGUGUCCAACUCCGUAUUGGCCGGAGAUCCAGAUUUCUCUUUGGGUAACUACUUCCAAACACGUUCGGAGAAUAUCUGGAACAUAGUGAAUAACGACAGCCCGGAUCGAUCGCGUCCCACUCAAGCGCUAUUGGAACCAGAGGGCAAUAAGACACUGAGCUCCGUGGGCGGAAAGACCCCGCAGCCUGACAAUAAGACCUACACUAAGGCGGAUACCCCAGGAAGCUCUAAUCUUGGACGCAACCUAAUGCGAAAGAUGCAACAAGAUCGGAUUCAGACGGUGCUAAAAGCGAAUAAUGGCCAGACGACUAAAGAGCCCAAGCGGUCACCCUCGAACUCUGAAAUCUUGAGUCUUUCAGCCAUUGACAAGGCUUUAAGGGACAUAGAUUUGAACUCGGACACAUCCACGGUUGAAGUUGUCAACCAACUGUGGGAGCAUGGUCGUGGUAACAAUUGCGAGGACGAGGAGAACAAGGAAAACCAUAGUAGCCAUUCCCAAGCUGAGCGAACAUUAUGCGGUUCUAACAAACUCACGGACACUAUGAGUUUUACAGACUCUGUGCUAAACUCCACGGACUUUCGCCAUCUACAACAGAGCAUAUCGCGCAAGCCGCUCAGUCCACUGGCGGACCAGCCGCAAAUUACUAUAAGCCGUGCGGACACCGAUCCUGUAGAGACUGAAGGCGAUGCGGAUGUCGAUGAGUGGCCCUCAACGCCGGUGAAGGAGCCUAAUCGCAGAAUUAGACGUACUAAGGUUUCCCCAAGAAUGGCAAGUCCGGCUAGUAGCGAUGGUAUACGUCCACUGACCUGUACCGAAGAUGAAAACGAAGACGAGGACAAAACGCCGGUGAACAAGAAGAGGGUAUCAAUCUCCACGGUGGGCCUGGUUUCGCGAAAUCCCACCUCCUUAAGCAGUACUCGUUUGGAUGGAUCCGAUCUUGCAAUCGCCUCUUCGACUGAACGCGACUUUGGGAUUUCCCCGAACCUUGCCAAAAACCUAUCACCCUUAUCUUCACCCAGAAGCUGCCUCUCUUCUCCGCUGCUGGACAGCACCACCAAUUCCGAGCGCCGGCAGCUCAUGAGUGGAGUCGUACGAAAGGCUAACUCCUCGCCUGCGGGAAGCGAGGCAAGUUCCACAAGCGGAUUCACAACGAAUGGAAGACGUGGAACGGGACUAGGAUCAAGCUCGGUUACUGCACCGCGAAGCAUUUCCCGCUGUUCUAAUUCUAGCGAGUUUAGCCACCGUGAUGGGAAGUUGCUUCCCUUGAAGGUGACCCAUACGAGUCUGUGUUGGGGCAGCACAAAGCUGCGAACAGAUGUGCGCAAGUCCAUGCAGGUAAAGAAUACGGCAGACAAACGCCUUGUCAUACGUUUGGGUAUUCAAGGGCCUGGUUUCCAAAUCGUCGGCGCCGACAGCAACACUAUCACUUUGCAGGCUAUGGAAUGCCGCUCGGUGGUGAUUAAUUUCUGUCCCACUGUUUGUGGUGCGGCCAUUGGAGCCUUGUCCUUCUACGCCCCGGUAGGAGCGCAUAACUGCAACCAGCCGGGCCUGGAGAUUCCGCUUUAUGGCUACGGUGGUAGUGCGUCCAUCACCAUACAGGGUCUACUAAAAGGACCAGUGGGUGCCAGCUUUCUUACAAUUGGAGAUGUUUGCGAACUAUCUGCCGGUCCUCUUUCGGCCAGUCUUAGGUUCCACAACAAGGGUCCGCUGACUGCCUUUGUAGGCAUUUCAGUGGACUCUACAGUGCUUAUGAAGUUGCGCCUGAGUGAAGCCUUUGAGGUUCGUCCCAGUCGAAUGAUUUUGUCGCCAAAUAGCGAGGGUAACGUACAGAUUCUUUUCCGUCCAAACCGCGAAGAUUUGAAAAACAUACUGAAAAAGACCGCCCAGGUGCUAACGCUAGCCAACAUGCGGAUUUUCUGUGGCGACGAGCCCAAUCGACAGCGUAUGCGAAGUCUGGUGCAGAGGAUGAGCAGUCGCCAGCGAGAGAAACUAACCUCGCCGAUGCUGGACAGCAUAUGGGGCGAUUUUCCGGAAGAGCAGGCAGUUCGGAAUAUCGGGCUGCUCAACGAGCCGCCCGAGUUCAUCCUGGACUUGGUCACCGUGGUGAGGAUCAUCGAUGUUGCGCUCACCCUUAAUCGUGAUUUCGAUGAAUCUUCCGAGAGCUCUCUGAUGUUCCUUCCGGAGGCAGAUGAAACUGUAUUAUUCCGAACGAUAUGUGUGGCGGGUUCGCCUACGCCAACGCAGAGCAACAUGUUGGAGCCGGUGGAUGAGCUAUUAGAAGCGGAUACCACCACUAUAAUGCCCGUCGACCGCAAUUGGUUUGUGCUGCCUGUUUCGCUGGAAUUCGAAGCCGACGGUACAUCCCUCGCAACUUUGUCCGUUACAAACAGCUUUCGGUCCAGGCAGCUUAUCGAGGUUAGUUGCACUGUGUCGGACUUGGUGCGGAUCAGUCCCACCGAGUGUUACGUUAGACCGGAUGGCGGUCGGGCGGAGAUCGAUGUGCGCCUGAUGCGCUGGCCCAGGCGCGAUUUGCUAGAGAAGGAGCCACUCAUAGUGGUCUCAAUGGAGAACGAGCGCGUAAAUGUGCCCCUAAUCUUUAAGUUUUAAAACUUUUUGUGCCUGCCAAUUGAGUUUUUCCAAUUUGUUUUAAUUUUAUUUGUUCCAGAAAAGAAAUGGCGUAUUGUCACAUACUUAUAAAAUAAUGUUUAAUAAAGAUUAUAAAUAAAAA